AUGGGAUCCCUAAAAAAAAUGGCUCCUGUGGCAAAGCAAUCGGCUUUGGCCACGGGAUCACAGCUGCCGAAGCCUCGUAAGAAUCUUGCCUCGCGCAAAAUUCACACGGAGGGCCGCAUUGUCGCCAAGAAGGAGUUGGCCAGCACUGGGACGAAGAAGAAGCAUCGCUGGCGCCCCGGCACCGUUGUGAUGCGUGAGGUGCGCCGGUAUCAGAACACCACUGACUUCCUUAUUGCCAAAGCCCCGUUCCGCCGCCUUGUGCGAGAGAUUGUGUCCAAUCUGAAGGAUUCAUUUCGUAUGAGUGCCACCUGUGUGGAGGCGCUGCAAGAAUCCACCGAGCUUUACGUUACCUCCGUUCUUGCCGAUGCCAACCUAUGCACGCUACACGCCAACCGCGUUACGGUGUACCCAAAAGACAUUCAACUGGCGUUGAAGUUACGUGGCGAGCGUUUGUAG